AUGCUUCGCUUGUGGUCCUUUUUCUGGGUAUUCUCAUGGAUAGCAGCUGGUGGAGCGUUUCCGGCGCAUCUGCGGGCAAGUGACAACGAAAUCUCCCAACAGACCUUUGAGUCCCUGGAAGAACUCGCUCGCAUUGUCGACAUAUCCUACUGCGUCGGGACGACGGGCAUACAGAAGCCCUUCAAAUGCCUGAGUCGAUGUAGCGACUUUGAGGGCUUCGAACUCGUCACCACCUGGAAUACCGGUCCUCUUCUGUCCGACUCAUCUGGCUACAUCGCCCUGUCGCAUCCUCCCUACCCAAAGCGAGUCAUUGUCGCCUUCCGAGGAACCUACUCCAUCGCAAACACCAUUGCAGACCUGUCGACAAACCCAGCCGAAUAUGCCCCUUUCCCUUCCGAGAGAGAUAAUGAUUCCUUCUGCACUACCGAGCAAUGGCAAAAUGAAAAGGAUCCGAUCCUUCCACAACUACUGAAGCAGCCGGAGAGAAGGAGUGUGGUUCAGGUCGAGUGUCCGAACUGCACCGUACAUUCGGGCUUCAUGACGUCUUGGCGAAACACACGCUGCAUCAUCAUCCCGCAAGUAGAAAUGGCCUUGAAGGAUCACCCAGACUACGAACUAGUGCUGGUGGGCCAUUCUCUUGGAGGGGCUGUUGCAGCGUUGGCGUCUCUGGAAUUUCAAGCGAGGGGAUGGGAACCUCAUGUCACAACCUUUGGCGAGCCACGGGUCGGAAAUCUGGCUCUGAAUGAAUUCAUCGACAAACGAUUCAACCUGAAUACCACCAGACCAGACGAGUGGACGUACCGCAGGGUGACACAUGUGGAUGAUCCAGUGCCGCUUUUGCCACUGGAAGAAUGGGGUUACCGAAUGCACGCUGGCGAGAUAUACAUCUCCAAACCCUCGCUGCCUCCUGCCCGUGCUGAUAUCCGGCAUUGCGUGGGCGAUGAGGAUCCCGCUUGUAUUGCCGAAAGCAUCUCAACCGUCAAGGUAAGAGCUGCGGCCCAGGGAGACGACUACUUGGCCUCCGAAGUCAAGGAAAUGUGGGAGAUAAGUCGGCGGUACAAGUUUUGGCAGCUGUUCUUCGCUCAUCGUGACUAUUUCUGGCGACUUGGUCUCUGCGUUCCAGGCGGAGACCCUUGGGACUGGUCAAGAAGCAAAUAUAAUGCAACCUUUAUGAAUGACGAGUUAUGA